AUGGACGAGCUGAGGAAGAGAGCUGAAGCUGACAAGAAUGACAAGUCGGUGAAAGAUCUUGUUCUUCUCCUGUUUGAGACUGCUCUUCUCACUUCAGGUUUCAGCCUAGACGAGCCCAACACUUUCGGGAGCAGAAUCCACAGGAUGUUGAAGCUGGGAUUGAGCAUUGAUGAGGAUGAUGCAGUGGAAGCUGAUGCAGAGAUGCCUCCGCUUGAAGAUGAUGCUGAUGCUGAAGCAGAGCUUCGACAUGUGAUGAGCAGCCUUGGAGAGAAGCUAACCCAUGAGGAAGUUAAUGAGAUGAUCCGAGAAGCUAAUGUUGAUGCGAUGGCCAGAUCAACUAUGAUGAAUUCGUUAAAGUCAUGA